CGUCGGUGUUCAAAAUGGCCGCGAAUAUUCUGUUGCCCUCAUGGAUUUUACUUAGCUGCGUUACAGGUGCACUGUCUGAAACUUGCUACGGGGCGGACGAGUCAAUCACCUGUAUUUUCGGAUGUUGUGAGGACGCGUAUUUUGUUUACUGUUGUUUGAGUAAUGGAGCCGGCAUUGGUAUCAUCUGCGCAUGCCUGGCAGUUGUCCUGAGUUGCAUAGGAGCAUGCUGUCGACAAGCUCACAGAGGAAAUAUCCAGAGACGGACUGAUGUGAUGCAUACGGCUCAACCACCUAACGUUGCAGUGGUUGCGAACACCGCAAAUCAGGGCGCCUACGGUAACCAACAGAUGCCACAAUACCCUCCCCUCGCCUACCCGGGACCCCCAACAGCCCCACCCUACCCGGUUGCCCCUGCAGCCUAUCCCCCAAAGUACUGACACCGGACGUGAAGCACACGGGCAUUGGAUAUGAUCAUCACAUAGCGUGUCUUUUUAAUUGGGGAGGGAGGUUGCAGAUCUCAGAUAUAUUUGAUUGACAGGUACAAUAUGCACAUACGCAUUAUAUAUUUUAAAAAAGGUCGGAUUUAUAUUCAUCACACAACAUGUUUAUAAAUUGAUGGAUUUCGGGUCUAUCUGAUUCACAAGUACAUAACGCAUACAAUGUAAUACGCUACAGAUAAAUAUUUUGUUGAAAGAAUUGAUGGAGUCGUAAUCAUCGUGUAACUGCACACUGUAAUGAUUUCCAUACGUGUAAUCUUCUAAUUACGAAUUUAUUCUUAACGUUAUUUCGUUGGAUCUAACAAUGUCUAAACACAGGGUUUGGUUGUUUUAGUGGAGAACUUUUCACAAUAAAAUGUAUUUUUAUUAA